GAGCAAAUGUGAACAUAAAAACAAACAACCAAGAUGAGGAGACUCCACUGCACAUUGUUGCACGUUUGGGUGUCCCAGAGCUUGUGGCCCUUUACAUGGAACAAGGAGCACAAAUUGAUGCUCUCAAUGCCUACAUGGAGACCCCCCUGGCCUGUGCCGCCUAUUGGGCCCUCCACUAUAAGGAUCAGAUAUACAGCCCGGAUCAUCAUCUCAUCUGUCGGAUGCUCUUAGACUAUAAAGCUGAAGUGAACACUCGCGAUGAGGAUUUCAAAUCACCGCUCCACAAAGCUGCCUGGAACUGUGAUCACGUCCUGCUGCAUAUGCUGCUGGAGGCAGGAGCAGAAGCAAACAUCAUGGAUGUCAAUGGCUGUGCACCCCUACAGUAUAUCAUAAAAGUGACAUCUGUGCGGCCAGCUGCCCAACCUGACAUCUGCUACCACGGAGCAGCUAGGAUAUAUCCUCUGCAAUUCCACAAGGUGCUACAAGCCUGUCAUUCCAACCCCAGAGCUGUGGAGGUUGUUGUCAAUACUUAUGAACAUAUCAAAUCAACAUCGAAGUGGAAAGCAGCCAUACCUAACGACGUCUUUGAGCGGCACAAGGAUUUCUAUGACUCUCUGUUCACUGUGUGCAGCAAUUCACCACGGUCGCUCAUGCAUUUAUGCAGAUGUGCUAUUCGGGCAAUACUGUCAGAAAGGUGCCACCGAAGUGUUCCCUUGCUCUCCAUCCCCCUGUCCAUGAAGAAGUAUUUGCUGCUGGAACCAGAAGGAAUCAUCUACUGA